AUGAGCAGCACAGGCAGCAGUCAGUGAGUUGAGCUCAGGGGGAAAUAUGGCGAGAGGCACAGCAGCAGUGGCGCUGCUCUGGCACAUUUGCUGCACCGUCAGGCUGCUCUCAGCGCAGGAGGUUAUCACCUAUGGUUACGGAGUGAACGGCUUCAGCCUGCACCCGCCUUAUUUUAACUUAGCGGAGGGCACGAAGAUCACAGCCACGGCCACUUGCGGACAGGAUGAAUCGGGGAAGCCGGUGGAAGAUCUGUAUUGUAAAUUGGUUGGUGGUCCGGUAUCUGGCGACCCCAGCCAAACUAUCCAGGGUCAAUAUUGUGAUAUUUGCAAGGCAGAGAGUAACAAAGCACAUCCAAGCACCAAUGCCAUUGAUGGGACAGAACGUUGGUGGCAGAGUCCCCCUCUCUCCCGUGGCCUGGAAUACAACGAAGUCAAUGUUACGCUUGAUCUUGGACAGCUGUAUGACCUAUUGUCAGACUUGGAAAAUAUUAGUGAUCUCACAGGCUUUAAUCAAGUAUACAGCGACAGGGAAAGGGGUAGGAGGAACCUGAUCAAACACCAGAUCACAGAAAAUGAUGAUGAUGAUGAAAAUUAA